AUGUACGACAACCUGCAAUGGUCCGCCGAUUCCACUCGAAAGAGGACCAGGGAGGAUGACGAGGGCCUGAAUGGCAUUGCCAGCUCUGGCUUUACCGAACACCGAAACAAACGUCUUCAUUCCCUACCAGUCCGCUCUUCUCCCAACCAUAAGCGAUGGUCUGGUCCUCCGAGCUUCCCCGUCUCCCACCCAUCCCAUGGCAUGUCAACCAUCACACCGAGCGAUUCCGACUCUGAGGAUGCACAACAACAACAACAACAACAACAACAACAUCAACAACAACAACAACAACACCACCAACAACAGCAUCACCACCACCGACACCACGCAGUCUCUCAUUUUCCACCAUGGUCGUCCUCACCCGCCACCUCGCAUCACCAACACUCCCCGAACCCUCCCAUGGAUGUCGAUCGGGAUACCGACAUGGUGGCCUUUGAGGAACCCCAGCACCUGCAGUCAGGCCCCCUGCCUUCAAGUAUAACCGGUCGAAUGCCGACUCCCAUACAUGCCACCUUCGCCGCCCAGGUUCGAGGCAACAGCUGGGCCUCCGCGAACGGGGAUAGCAUGCAGGCCGCUGCUGGUAACAGCUUUGCCCGCCCCUUCCCUCCAUCGCACGACCCGACAGUUCCUCGGUCCGUACAAGGCGCAACAGAAUGGUCCAUGGUCCAAAACAGGCGACUACCGUCUCCUAUUAGUGAAAGCGGCGGAGAGGAAGCCCCCCUUAGUCCUGGUAUGGUGUUGGACUCUUCGCCAACUCUGCAAAGGCCUCACUUACCACACAUGCCUCAUUCCACUAGCCCAGCCAUGGCCCACCCCAACGUGGCAAUCGUCACACCCUGCGCAUCCGCCGACGAUGUAGGCAUGAUGGACACGGAAGAGGGAGAAGAGCACUCGCCUGCAUCGGCUCCAGCCACGCCCUCCCCAAGAUCCAAGUUUGGUCAUUCGCGGAGCAAGCAUACUCUGAACUCGUGGACUUUGCAACCUGGAAUGAAGAAGUCGUUCAGUAUAGGAUACCGCGCAGACUGCGAGAAAUGCCGCCUGAAGAUUCCAGGCCAUUUCAACCACAUCAUCGUCUCUUAG